ACACCUCAAAAACCCUAAAAAUCCAGCCUUUCCUUCUCUUCUCCUUGUUUUCCCCCAAACCCUAACAAGGCUUGGGGUUUGGCUAUCCCUCUCUGCCUCCUAGUCCCUUCUGAAUUUUCAACCUCAUCACAAUCAAAUAUGGUGAAGAAGAGCAAAAAGAGCAAGAGUAAGAGGAUAACUCUGAAACAGAAGUACAAGGUCCUGAGGAAGGUUAAGGAGCACCACAAGAAGAAAGCUAAGGAGGCCAAGAAGCUUGGAUUGAACCGCAAGCGCAAGGUUGAGAAGGACCCCGGCAUCCCCAAUGACUGGCCUUUCAAGGAACAAGAGCUCAAGGCUCUUGAAGCUCGUCGCGCUCGCGAGCUCGAGGAACUGGAGCAAAAGAAGGCUGCUCGGAAGGAGAGGGCAAGAUUGAGGAAGUUGGGUUUGGUUGAGGGUGGUGAUAUCUCCAAGCUAGCUGACUUUGCUGCAGAAAAAGAACAAAAUUUUGAAGAGGAAAAUGCCAGUGAUGGUUUCACUGUUAUUGGAAAAAAUCGGGAUAACUCAGAUAGGGCUUUCUACAAGGAGUUGGUUAAAGUCAUUGAAGCAUCAGAUGUCAUUUUGGAAGUUCUUGAUGCUAGAGAUCCCCUUGGUACCCGUUGUGUGGAUAUGGAGAGGAUGGUGUUGAAAUCUGGCCCUGAUAAGCGUCUAGUAUUGCUUUUAAAUAAAAUUGAUCUUGUCCCCCGAGAAGCUGUUGAAAAGUGGCUCAAAUACCUUAGAGAAGAGUUCCCUGCUGUUGCAUUCAAGUGCAGCACUCAGGAGCAGAGGUCAAACUUGGGGUGGAAAUCAUCAAAGGCAGCAAAACCAAGCAAUCUUCUGCAAACAAGUGACUGCCUUGGAGCAGAAACCCUUAUUAAACUGCUCAAAAAUUAUUCAAGGAGUCAUGAGCUCAAAAAGUCAAUUACUGUUGGUGUGAUUGGCCUGCCUAAUGUUGGUAAGAGUAGUCUCAUCAACAGCUUGAAAAGAUGCCAUGUUGCCAAUGUUGGUGCCACGCCAGGAUUAACUAGAUCAAUGCAAGAAGUUCAGUUAGACAAGAAUGUCAAAUUGUUGGAUUGCCCUGGUGUUGUAAUGCUUCGAUCUGCUGGAAAUGAUGCAUCUAUAGCCCUUCGAAACUGCAAACGAAUUGAGAAGUUGGAUGAUCCAAUUGCCCCAGUGAAAGAAAUUCUGAAGCUUUGCCAGGAAAGACUGUUGGUGACAAUAUACAAAAUUGCAAGCUUUAAUUCAGUUGAUGAGUUUCUUCAGAAUGUUGCUACCGUCAGGGGUAAGCUCAAAAAGGGUGGUAUUAUCGAUGUUGAUGCUGCUGCAAGGAUAGUUCUGCAUGACUGGAAUGAAGGUAAAAUUCCAUAUUAUACUAUGCCCCCAAUAAGGGAUCAAGAAGAACCUGCAGAGGUGAGGAUUGUUACAGAAUUGGGUAAAGAAUUCAACAUUGAUGAGGUUUACAAUGCAGAAUCUUCCUUUAUCGGAAGUCUCAAGUCUGUUGAUGAUUUCCAUCACAAUGAAGUUCCUCCUAGCUGCCCUCUCAACUUUGAUGAAACUAUGCUAGAGGAAAAUAAAGCUCAAGCCUUACCAUCAGCUCAAGGUGAGGAAAUCCCAGAUGGUAUUUCUGAUGAUGGUGAUGAUGAACCUAUGGAAUCUGUAGGAGGCGAUGAAGAAAACGCUAAGUCAAAAUCUGCAACAAGCAGACAAAAUGAGAAGCUAUAUGCCGCAGAAGGCAUACUUAACACAAAGAAGAGGAGAGCAGAAAAGAAGAUGAGGAAAAAGGCUAAUAAAUCAACAUCAGCUGAUGAUGCUAUGGAUGAUGACUAUGACUUCAAAGUGGAUUAUGUUAAGAGGACGGGAAAUGAUCAAACCAGCGGUGUAGUGCCAAUGUCCAGUGUUGAGUUCGAUGAGUGAUGAGAAAAAUAAACAUGCAAGGGAAAUUGCAGUUGGAUCUCACAGACAACCCGAUUUACAUAAAAUUUUCAUUUUACUUAUUUAUGAUGAUUACAUAUGUUGGAUGUAUGAGAAAUUUUGUUUGAUGAGUAAUCUCAGUGUUUAAUGGGUCUCAAGGAUUGCAUUU